UGGAAAAGAUGAUGUCCCUUUCAUUUCUCAACAUAUCAUUUAAUAGCUUGUCAGGGAAGGUACCUAAUAGAUGGGAAAAACUAUUACGUCCAGGAUCUGCCCUCGGAAAUCCAGGACUCUGCUUAUUAGACACUGAAGGUAGCAACUGCAAGCAUGUGAAAAAGUCACAAGUAAAAUGGAAGACCUUGGCUGGUGUAAUUAGUGGAUCUGUAUUUUCCGUGGCAAUCAUAGUUGCUGCAAUGUACUUACUAGUAACUCGGAUUUGGUACCCAUCCCUGCUGAAUAAGCAUCGGCUCGUCAAGUGUAACUCAGAAAUUGAAGAUCUACCUGAUGGUAUAGAUUUUGAGGACAUUGUACAUGCAACAGAAGGCUGGAGCGAAAAAUAUGUUAUUGGAAGAGGCAAGCAUGGAACUGUUUAUAAGAUGGAAUCCGCGAAAUCCAAUAAGCUUUGGGCUGUCAAGAAGGUUGACUUAGCUGAAAGAGCAUUCAAUGAUGAAAUGAGAAGCCUAAAUUCUGUCAGACACCGCAAUUUGGUAAGAUUGGGAGGAUAUUGCAUAAGACAUGGAUAUGGCUUCAUUCUAACAGAAUUCAUACCUGGAGGGACUCUUCAUGAUGUCCUUCACCAGAGAAACCCACCUGUAGUCUUGGACUGGGACUCCCGCCAUCGUAUUGCUCUUGGUAUUGCUCAAGGUCUAUCAUACCUUCACCACGAUUCUGUUCCUCAAAUCAUUCACAGAGAUCUCAAAUCAGAUAAUGUAAUGCUGGAUUCUGAGAUGGUGCCAAAGAUUGGCGACUUCGGGAUUGCUAAAAUGGUAUCAGAUGAAGAAAGCUCGACGAACUCCAAAAUUGUUGGGACUCUAGGAUACAUUGCUCCAGAGAACGCAUACUCAGUUCAAUUGACAGAGAAAAGUGAUGUCUAUAGCUAUGGAAUUCUUCUAUUGGAGCUCUUCUGCAGAAAAAUGCCAGUAGACCCCAGCUUUGAAGAAGGAUUAGACAUUGUUUUCUGGGUGAGGAAAAACUUGCAGAGAAGCAACAAUUUCCUUAGUUUUCUUGAUGAAGAAAUUAGUCUCUGGGAUGUAGAUAAACAAUGGAAGGCCCUGAAAAUAGUGGAUUUGGCACUUCAAUGUGCUGAACUCGAGGCAAGCACCAGGCCUGCAAUGAGGGAUGUAGUAAGGUCUCUUGUCGAGUUAAAUAAUAGAAGUAAAGAUAAGUAAUGAAACUUUUAGUAGUGAAACCUGUGAUCAAUUUUCCAAGUUCCAACAUCUCAUUUUAUUUUUAUUUUUUUGCUUACAUAAAAAAUUUGGACAAAGAACCCGCAAAUAUCGGAAAAACGACAAUUACUGUUAACCAAGGAAAAUAAUUCGUAGUAAAGACAAGAUACACUUGGACCGGGUAAAUCCUUAACCCUUCCCCCUCUUACUAAGACUACAGAAUGUUCUUGUGAAUUUUGGCCAAUACCGGGUUUUAAAGAAUCUUUUUUUGUCCAACUAGAUUCUCUUUGAAACAGGUCAGAUCAUUUUAAUAAUAAUAAGUUUGAUCUG